ACAUAUAUCGUUUCUCUGAGAGCAGAGUGAAACAGAAGCAGAGAGCUAAAAGAGAAUGUCGGGAGGCAUAGCACGUGCUCGUCUUACCGAGGAGCGCAAAGCAUGGCGCAAGAAUCACCCUCACGGUUUUGUGGCGAAACCCGAGUCCGGUGCAGACGGAUCGGUUGAUCUGAUGGUGUGGCAUUGCCUCAUCCCUGGUAAACCUAAUACCGAUUGGGAAGGAGGGUAUUAUCCGCUGACGAUGCACUUCAGCGAAGACUACCCUAUCAAACCUCCGAAAUGCAAGUUCCCUCCUAAUUUCUUCCACCCUAAUAUAUACCCUUCUGGUACCGUAUGCCUCUCGAUUCUCAAUGAAGACAGUGGUUGGAGACCGGCAAUUACGGUGAAGCAAAUUCUUGUCGGCAUUCAAGAUCUACUUGACUUGCCCAAUCCAAGUGAUCCGGCUCAAACCGAUGGCUAUCAGAUUUUCAUUCAGGAACCCGACGAGUACAAGAAACGCGUGCGACAACAGGCGAAGCAAUAUCCGUCACCUGUCUAGAUAAUAUCGGUAUGCACUUUUGCAUUAGUAUCAAGAUAAAACAUUCGAAGUCGUGUGCUAUUUCGGGAACUAAAUUUUUGUGUAGAUAUAUUAUCCGUUUUGUCGUAGAUUUUGCGACUUAUGGUUUGAUUUCAU